AUGAAACGUCGGCGCAAAUUGUCUCACAAAGAAGGAGUGGUGGAGGUUUCUGAUGAUAUCGUAAUCAACAUACUGCAUCGUUUGCCUUCAAAAUCUCUAGCAAGGUUUAAAUGUGUAUCGAAAUGUUGGCGGAAGUACAUUACUGAUUCAUCUCUCAGUUAUAGUUGUCGUUCUCAAAGAUGGAGGCCACAACCCUAUCUAAUUGGUUUCUUUUAUCAAGCUAGGGAUACCUGUGAACGUUCGAAAAUUCAGUUCUUCUUCUCUUCCGAGGAAUCAUCACUAGAUAUUGAUGGUAAUUUUGAUCAAUCAGUCAGUUUUCUAGGCAGGAGCGCGUAUAUAGUUGCAUCGUCUAAUGGUUUUCUCCUUUGCAAUAGGCAGAGGGUUUAUUAUGUUUAUAAUCCUGCUACGAGGCAGAGCAUGGCUCUCCCUAAAACUCAAAUCGGCAUGAAUGAUCCAACUAUUGGAUUUAUUUGUAAGGUAGAUGACCCUAAUAGAGAUGUUAUCUCCUUUACUAUAGUUCGCUAUUGGAUUUUACAAUCCAAUGUGACAAUUGAAAGUUUCUCUUCUGAGACCAAUGCGUGGAUUGUGGAUAAUUUAAUUCUCAAUGUACCUCUUAGACUGUAUUUUUUCGUUUAUAUGAAAUCACCAUCAGCUGGUGUAGUCGACGGAGUAUUCUUUUGGCUUGAUCAAGGACCACAAAUCACUGUUUAUGAUAGUGUCCAUAAGAGUUUCUGGGCUUUGGGAUUUCCUGAAGAUAUGGUGGCAACAGGCAAUUAUUUUCUCGGAUUUUCAGGUGGGGAUUUCUAUUUUGCAUUGUAUGUUAAGACAAAUAUUACUGUGUGGCAACUGAAGAGCAAUAUUCGUAGUCGAGAUGCACUGUGGGUUAGGAAGUAUGUCACGGAUGUCGCGACUACAGUUCCUUUUGGACUUACUGGAUUUCUACAUACUGAGGUGCAGAACAUGGACAUUCAUCCUGCUAGUCCUCACAUCUUUUAUUUGGAUGUAAAAGGUAAGGUUAUUUCUUAUGACAUGGAAACAGAUAUCGCAGAACUUGUGCAUGAUUUCGGAGAAUAUGGGUGGAGAACUAAACACUUCAAAUUAUUUUCUUAUGAGUGGCAUCAAUGGCCGCGCGGCAUUCUGUAGAUUGUCAA